AUGGUUCGUCAAGAUAAAAACGAUGAUUUCUUAAUGGACUUAUCGAAAGGUAUUGUCGGUUGGGCAGACCACAAAGACCCUCAAAAUCCAAGAAAUUAUGCUCCUUCGCGCAAAUGGUUUCUUCUCAGCUUAGUUAGCCUUGUGACUUUAAUCAGCCCUUUCGCCUCCUCGGUUUUCUCACCCGCCGCUUCAUUUGCCGCAAAGGAGUUCAAUGAGACCUCGUCAAUUUUGACUACUUUGACAGUAACAAGCUAUCUUUUUGGCUACGCUGUAGGGCCACUCGUACUAUCGCCACUAAGUGAACUAUACGGACGCCAAAUUGUUUUAAACUCCGCGACAUCGUUUUUCGUUCUCUUCCAAAUAGGGUGCGCUCUUGCACCCAACACGUCGGCUUUAAUCGUAUUCCGAGCACUCACUGGCAUGGGCGGAUCGGCCUGCCUGACUACUGGCGGCGGAGUUGUGGCGGACCUGUUCGUACCAGAGCAGCGCGGACUUGCAAUGUCUUUCUAUGGCUUUGGUCCCCUAUUUGGACCGGUCCUUGGACCUGUUUGCGGUGGUUUUAUUGCCCAGAAUGCUGGAUGGAGAUGGGUCUUUUGGACCCUUACCAUCGCUAGUGGCACUUUUACAACGUUUGUCAUCAUCUUCAACCGAGAAACGAACCCAGUCAUACUUAUGGAGCGAAAAACCAAAAGGCUACGAGUGGAGCUCGGUCUACCUGAGCUCCGAAGCUGCUACGACAAGGACAAAAGCGAAAAUGCCAGUAAGAUCGGUACUCUUCUGAUCAGGUUGAGGACUCCUCUCUAUCUUCUCAUCCGCUCACCGAUUGUCCUGAUCAUCGCCAUUUACAUCGCAAUUGUAUAUGGAUGCCUAUAUCUUCUAUUCACAACUGUCACCGAUGUGUUUCAAAACACGUACCACUGGGGAAUCGGCAUUAGCGGAUUGUCAUAUCUUGGACUGGGACUCGGAUUCAUCACGGGUCAGCUUGUCUUCGGCCUUGUCAGCGACAAAUUAAUUAUCCGACAGACAGCACGCAAUAACGAUGUCUUUGAACCCGAAAUGCGGCUGCCCCUUUGCAUUUUAUAUGCUCUUGCUGUCCCCAUCUCGUUCUUCUGGUACGGUUGGGCGGUGAAUGCCCCUACGCACUGGAUCGUGCCUAUCAUUGGCCUUUUUCCAUUCGGCUUUGGCAUGGUUGGAAUUUUCGGAACGCUGCAGACCUAUGUAAUUGACUCUUAUCCUCGAUAUGCGGCGUCGGGGAUUGCGGCAAUUACGGUCACGCGGUCCCUCUUUGGGGCACUGCUGCCAUUAGCAGGUCCAUAUAUGUAUGAUGCUCUUGGAUAUGGCUGGGGCAAUUCUCUUUUGGGAUUUGUUACUAUUGCCAUGCUUCCCAUGCCCGUGAUCUUUCAUCGAUUCGGCCGUUCUCUCCGGGAAAGGAAUCUAGAGAGUUUCAAAUAG